AUGGAUCCCAGUCAAAUACUCACACCUGCUACGGGUUCAAUAACGUCUCGAUUUGAAUCACAAACUUCUAUCGACGAAGCGAAAGAGAAUAGACAAAAACAAUGGCGAGAAGCUUAUGCCAGGAUAGGGCAGGAACCACCUGCUGAACAACCUGACGAAGAAUAUGAUCCUAGAACUUUGUAUGAGAGAUUACAAGCUAAGAAGGACGUCAAGAAGGAAGAAUGGGAUAAUAAGAUGAAAUUAUCAAAUCAAUGGAGAGGUUUAGAUAGUGAAGAACAAAUGUUCUUGAGGGAAAAAGAAGCUGAAAAGAGAGCUGAACAGAGGAAAGUGGAAGAUAAAGAAGCUGAAGAAUUGAGAGAAUAUAGAGAGAGAUUAGCGGCUAAGCAUUCCACUCCAAUCGACCCCAUCCCCUCUUCAUCCUCUACCUCAACAGCGUCCUCUCAGACUAAGAAAGUACCCCCAAAACCAGCAAGGAAAGAUGUCAAAUCCUUGAUGAAGGGAAUAGUAGUCAAGAAGAAGCCCAAACCUUCCACAUCUACUACUCCUUCAGCCAAAAAUAUGACCCCUCAAACAUCUAUUUCGACAUCAGCAACGAAAGAAUCGCCUUCAGCUAUACCGACGAGUACGAAUGAAAAACCAAUACUGGGAAAUAAACGCGAUGCUUCGUCUGAGAUAUGGAGUUCUGAUGAGAUGAAAGAUCAAGAAGAUAAAAGACGUAAACUGAACGAAGAAAAGGUGUAA